CUGGAUGGUCAAUCGGACAUCUGGAGUCUAGAAUUGAAAAGGGGCAAACGGAAAAGGGUUCAUACUGCUUAGUACCUACCUAGUAUAUUGGCUUAAUCGGUCGUGAUCGACUGAACGUUCCUACGGUUUAUUGUCAUAGGUAUGAUGUCUAGGCAGCCAUAUUACUAUAAGGUGUGUAUCUCCGAAUUGCUUUAUUUCAAUGGCAUGGAUAAGGGAUGCCAUGUAGAAAGGCUCACAGCAGUUCACACCAUGGCUGUUUGCAAUGCAAAUCAAAGCGAGUCAAGUGUGGCCAAGAACAACCCUCAUGUAUGAGAUGUAGAAAGAAAGACCAAGUCUGUACUUACAGGCAUCUCAUGUUAUCAUAUAAUCCUUUUGACAACGAGUCUCAUACCAAACAGCCAAUCUCACCGGCUACUUCUAUGACCCUUGCCCAGUCGUCUAUGAACUCAACAUUUUCUCCGUUAUACACCACGCCCUCAACCUUGGACUUAGCUACGUUGGAACUUAUAUCUCAUUACACUUCAGAGGUCUCAUCCGCUUUCGCCUCGUCAGCGGUCCAAGUAGGCAUCCUACCAUGCUUCCACGACGCCAUCAUCCAGUACUCCUCCUCGUACCCCUACGUCUACCACGCCAUGCUAUCCGUCUCCGCACUCCACCUCGCAUCUCUCACUACCACCACCAGCUCACGCCCCCCUUCCCUCCAAAAUCAAAACCGCUCUCCGCACCUAAUCACAGCACUGUCCCACAAAACAUCCGCCCUCGAGACCCUACAUGUAGGCGCGAUAAUCAGCUCCAUAAACACCACCACCUGCAAGCCCGCCAUCGCUGCCUCGGGUCUCCUCGCCGUCUGCGCCUUCGCAAUGCUGCACGCCGGCAUGACCCUCGACACCAUCGAUCUCUUGGCGCAGAUCAUGGCGCUGUACCGCGGGACCAUCGCGAUCUUACACUUCGGCCGCCAAGACCCUAGGCUUCUGGUUCUGUCUCAUGCCACGACCCCCCCAGCUGCGGGCAGUCCAUCGUGGCGACAAUGGGCGGUGAAAGCGCGUGGCUAGAGGCGGAGCCGGCUGUUGAUGGAGUGCUGGACAGGAUUUAUGAGGGCGGGGAUGAGCUGCAGGUAGUUACAUGAGAGGUGCGAGAAUGCAGAGCUAGAAACGAAAAAAAAAAGAAAAAAAAAAGCAAUGAUCGACGCGGCGCUCAAAACUCGAGAUCACACUCUCAGGCGCGUGGCCGGCACGAACGGCGUGUAUAAUCCGGCCUGCAUGUGGCUCGCGAUGGUAAACCCCCGCGUUCAACGAGAGUGUGCGCGCGAGAGAGAGCCGCUGAGUCUGGUGCUGCUUGCGCACUGGGUUGUCACGCUGAAGUAUGUGAAAGAUAUUUGGUGGAUUCGGGGGUGGCCGGAACGGACGGUGCGGGCUGUGUGGGGGGGAGGUGGGAAGGGAGUAUGGGGGGUUGAUGGGGUG